GGACAAUCAGACGCUUAAAUUGACAACUGUGCCCACUGCCAUUUUUCGAAUGUUGUCAACCUCGAACAAGUCGUGUAUACUAUACUAUUCACUGAUAAUUUGAAUUGUUUUUUUAUAACGCAUUUUAUUAUAAUUGUUACUGUGUAUAAUCAUUCAAAAUGGCCAUCACUCUGACCCUCCCCGACGCAUACGGCUUCGUCCUGGCCGCCGCCACGUCCACCUUCUUCGUCAACAUCCUGCACAUGGCCCGCACAGGCAAAUUCCGCAAGGAGAGCAAAAUCGCCUACCCCAACUGUUACGCCACCCACGAGCAGGCCGAAAAGGAUCCUGCUGCGUACAAGUUUAACUGCGCUCAACGUGCCCACGCCAAUUUCAUCGAGAACCAGCCCUCAGCCCUCGGCGCCCUCUUCAUCGCCGGCCUCCAAUUCCCCGUCGCCGCCGCCAUUCUCGGCGCAAGCUGGUCUUUUGGUCGCACCCUCUACCUCUACGGCUACACUGGCGGCUCCGGACCCAAGGGCCGAACCUUCGGUGCUUAUUUCGCGGGAGCGGCAGACUUUGCUCUCAAGUUCAUGGCCGCUUACACCUCCAUCAUCUUUAUCUUGGACAACUAAAUC